GCAGUUGCUGUUGAACCGUCGCACGUAACGCACGCUGCAGCGGAACUACUGGCUUCGGCUUGUGUGCUUCGGAUCGGAAUUCGCAUUGAGUUUGGUUUUCGAUUUCGAUUUCGGUUUCGGCUGCUCUCGGAUUUAUCGGUCGGUUUGCUCCGCUUGAUCGGUUGGCCAACUGCAACUGCAACUGUGCAUUCGGCAGUUGCGAUUGAUGGACUGCAGUUGCCACGCCACGCAAACUCUGACCUCUGACCCCGGACGGACAAUCAGCGGGUUUUGUGACUGAGAAAGGACGCUUUUUAUGAGGGUCCGCGCCAUCAACCGCCAGAAUAUCUCAAAUAAAAAGUCCAAUUUCGGCUUUUGGUUUUUUUUGUGCUGCCGCGUUUUUCGAUUUUAGCAUUUCGCAUCUCGCAUUUCUCGAGCUUGUCGACGUCGUGUGCGCGGUCUUCAUAAAUUAUACAAGAGCGCAUUUCGCGAACGACUUGCAAAUAAAUAAGCAUUUACGCUUUUAUUAUUGCCCGGCGUGUGUGUGUGUGAGUGUGUGUUUUUGGAGCUGAAGGAGUUCUUUGGAAAAAGCUCCCAUGUGGCGCAAGCCGGAGGAAUAAGAAAUAAACCGAGGGUUUCCCACUUAAAAAAUAUAUCAUCUUUGCAUACAAUCAACAUCUAGCCAUAAAAGUGUGUUCUUCAAUCCAUAAGAAUAUAGGCAUUUCUGUCUGAUUUGUGUGCGCUGAUAAGCCAGUGAUUGCCGGGCAUAAAGCCAAAGCCCCAAAACGCGCUCUUCGAAGCCCCCAACUCAAAGAUAUCUCAAGCAGAUGGAGCAAAUGCCUUGCUCCCUCGGAGACAACGCGGCGUAUACUUAAUCUUGUCAACGGGCCAAAGCCAAAGCACGGCUAAGCAAACAUGAACUGCCUCUGUCGCCCAUCACGGAUUAUGUCCGUGCGCAUUAAUUUGCUGGAUGAAACCGAGUUUAUACACGAGAUCAAGGAUGAUUUGCCCGGCCAGGCGCUGCUGGAUGUCGUCUUCGCCAGGCUCAAUUUAAUCGAGACCUCAUACUUCGGCAUACGUUACAUAGACGACGAGAAUCAGACGCACUGGCUCGAUCCUGCGUCGCGCAUCUCCCGUCAACUGAAACCCAAGUCGGAUCCCUAUGACUUGUACUUCGGUGUGAAGUUCUACGCCGCCGAUCCCUGCAAGCUGCUGGAGGAAAUAACCAGGUAUCAACUUUUCCUGCAAGUCAAACAGGAUGUUCUGCAGGGACGACUGCCCGUGGCCUUUGAGCUGGCUGCCGAGCUGGGAGCCUUUGUGGUGCAGUCCGAACUUGGUGACUAUGAUCAGCGGCGCCAUUCGAAGGGCUACGUGUCCGAGUUCCGGCUGCUACCCAACCAGAGCAACGAGCUGGAAACCCGCGUCUCCGAGCUCCACCAGCAGCUCAAGGGAAUGUCGCCCUCCAGUGCGGAGCUCAACUAUCUGGACAAAGUCAAAUGGCACGAUAUGUACGGCGUGGAUUUGCAUCCCGUUCUGGGCGAGGACAGCGUGGAGUACUUCCUGGGCCUGACUCCAAGCGGGAUUGUCGUGCUGCGCAACAAGACGACGGUGGCUCAUUACUAUUGGCCGCGCAUUGCCAAAGUUUAUUAUAAAGGACGCUAUUUUAUGCUCAGGAUAAGCGAUAAAAAUAACGAGCUGAGCACCUACGGAUUCGAGACGCCUCGCAAGUCGGCCUGCAAGCACUUAUGGCGCUGCUGCGUGGAACACCAUGCCUUCUUCAGGCAGGUGCGAGUGGCUCCUCUGCCCAGUUCGCAGUCGCAUGCCGCCGAUUUGUUCCAGCUGGGAUCGCGCUUCAGGCACAGUCGCCCGGACAAGCAAACGGAGAAGGAUGCACUUUCCGCCGGACGAUCGCCGCCCGCCUUCACCCGUACUCCCUCGAAGCGCCAGCCGCGCCGCGUGAUUGAUGACUUUUUUAACAGCCACAGCCACAGCAAUGGCAAUGGAAAUGGCCAUGGCCAUGGCAAUGGGAAUGGGAACGGAGCAAGUGGCGCAAGUGGAGCGGGAACAUUAGGAGGCGGCAGCCACAUGGGCAACAGGCCGCUGCCCCAGCCCGGAAUGGGCACCAUCUCCAACAACUACGACAGCCCCUAUCGCUCCACCUACAGCAUACCCACCAGCUUGGGCAUCAGACCCUGCCACCAGCAGCAGAACAACAACUCCAGCAGCUACAACAACAACAGCGGGGGCAACCUGCAAACGCCCGACUCCCCGAGGAGCACGCGGAGUGCACCCUGGCCCAGAUCCCAGCAGAGAUCCCUCUUCGGCCACAAUCCGUCGAGUCCGCGAUCCGUAAGAUCGGCGAGUACGGCCGGCGGAGGGCUGCACCACCAUCACAGCCACCACAGCCACGGCCACGGCACCAGCCACCAUCCGCACCACCAAUCCUCGACAGCGGGGGCCACCUCCUCGUCCUCGCACCACCACCGACCGCAGCGGGCCAGCUCCUCCUCCGCCUCCCAUCAGCAGCAGCGAUACCGCUCCAGUUCCGUGGAGAGCCACUCCUCCAACGACUCGCGGUCCACGCGCAAGCACAAGCACCGUCAUCGCCGCACCUCUGAUAACGAAAGCGAGCUGUCCAGAGGAUCAGGUCGCUCUGGAAGAUCAGGACGCUCGCAUCAUCGCAAGCACCGCCGUUCGCACCGGCAUCGAAGGGAUUCAGCCGGAGGAUCCGACCACGACAGCACCCGAGGACGCAGCUACUCCGGCCAUCGCAGCUCCUCGAUGAGGAGUGGUAGUGCUGAGCUCAUCGACUCCACGUCGCAGUGGAGGGAAGUGCAACGACGCCAGGCGGAGGCAAGCUUGGGCCAGAGUUCCGUGCAGCAGGCGGCUGUCUCCAAGAGCAGCAUGGUGGCCAGGAGUCUCCACAGCAACGACAGCCACUCGGACACCCAUUCGCACCACAAGUCCAGGAGGCAUCGCAAGAACAAAUCCCCAUCGGAAUCGCGAAGCCGCAUGUGGAACAGUGAGCUGGCGAAGCACCUGCAGUUCGACCUGGUGGACACGGAGGGCAUGUCGGAGCAGCAGCUGCGGGAGAUUCCCUACACGGUGGUGGAGACCACCUCGAAGAGGUCCAACUCGAACCUGAAGAUCCACAAGAGCAACAGCAAGAGCAGCGUGGGAGCCAAGAGCACGGGAUCCGGCAACACCAUCACCAAUGGCAGUGGAUCGGGCAAUGCGGGUCAGGCCAGGAAUCGCGUCGAUCGCAUCAGAGGACUUUACUAUCAAAGCACGCAUCCACACGAGGCCAACGGAGGUCCUGGAGCCGGAGGACAUGCGCCCAAGAAUGGAUCCAUCCGGUCGGCCAGCACCAUAUCCUCUAGGGAGUGUGAGCGGAACAAUGGUCUAGUUAGAAUGAUGAGCAGCAUGAGCAUGGGCGACUUCAUCUCGCCCACUGGCUCCAAUCUGAGUCCUUUGGAGAACUCGGCUCUGCGCGUGUCCCACGAGCACACGGACUCUGGACUGGGAGCUGAUCAGGACUAUGCCUACUCAUCGGAAAGGUCCAGCGACAGCACUCGCUAUGGCACCAACAAGUCCUCGGGCGCCUCGAGCGGAUCGCACCGGAAGUCGGGUGGCAGUGCCGGCGGGAACUACAACAACCUGAUGCAGCAGACCGUGAGUAACCAGCAGCAGCAGCAGCGCUCACUGUUCGCGCAGCAGCAGCAGCGGCAGCAGAAGAGCACCUACAAAUACGCCACCUCCUCGCCAUCGUCCACUAACCCAGGGAGCUGCUCGGGACUGGCGCUCGUCCACAACCCGGGCUCGAGUUCCACUCCCAGCCACUCCGGCCCAAACCCCAACAGCGCUACUAACUCUAAUCAACAGUCGCCGGCCAAUCGCCUGCUCCACUACACGACCUUCGAGAACAACCAGUACAAGUUCAGUCUGAACAAUGCGCUGGCCAGGAGCUCCAAGGGCGUGGCGAGUGGCGGAGGCAGCAUUAGCAAUCUGGCCGGCGGCAAUAUGGUAACAUCUGGUGGUGGUGUCGGUGGUCCAGGUUCUCAAGGUGGUAGUGGUGGUGGUGGUGGUGCUUUCAGCCGGCAGCGCAGCUUCGUGGAGUGGCCCAGCAAUCCGGCGUCGCCCUACUAUUACCAGGGUCCCUCCACGCACGUGGCGCAGGUGAAGCGCCGGGAUGCCAAGUCGGAUAUCGGGGUGCCCACCAGGCGGCUCUCCGGACAGAGUCUGACCAAAACGCAACUGCUGACGGGCGGCGGCAACUCGCAGUUGGCCAAUGCCAGCUGUUAUCCAUUGCACUAUGCGAGCAGCAAUGUUUCGGGCGCGGGCUACAAUCGUCCCUUGGGUCAGAGAUCGGGUGGCCAUGGCUCCUCCGGCGCAGGCUUUGGCCUCCAGCCAGCCAAGUCCGACCUCUUCUUGUCCUACAUCCACGGCGGGGAGUACGAGAGACCCUACAUUUACAACUACAAGAUGCCGCAGAUGCCGGCGGGAGUUGGGGCUGGAGCAGGAGCAGGAGCCGGGACAGGAGGUGGGGCAGGAGCAGUGGGCUCCCCCAAACAACAGACCACCGCUUACCACAUUUCUGGGUCGCAGACCGCAGAUCCGCCGCCACCCCCUCCCCCGCUGUACGGCGGCACGGCGCCCGCCAACGACGUCAUGUACUAUCAGUUUGACAAAGGAGCCGCCGUCGCUGCCGGACCUCCUUCCACGUCCACCUCCUCGUCCUCGUCGCCGCCCAUUGUCCAGCAGCCGCGACAAACGGGCGGUCCAUUAGUGUAUCUGCAACAUGGCCAGAAUCCAUCUGUGCCCGAGGUGCAGCAGUCAACUACGCACUCCUCGCACUCCUGCAGCGAGGAGGACGAGGCCAUGAUUGUCCUGGAGGCCCUGCAGAUGGAGGCGCAGACCACCAACGACGAGACCGAAGAUACCGAAGACGAUGAGGCCGCCGAGGCCGAGGACAUGUUUGAUGCCGAUGCUCCUUUGAUGUCCCCCACGGGCAGUCACAAUAGCUCGAAUAACAACAAUAGCACCAACAACUGCAUUGCGAACAACAACAGCUGCAUUCGUCAAUCCAAUCCAUCGAGCAAUAUUAAUUUCGAUAAUUGCAAUGCGAAUGUCUACAGUGGCCAGCAGGCCAAGCAGCUAGGGCCAAUUACCAGCGGCAGCCAAUCGUUAAAUUGUCCCACAUUGAAUGCAAAUGCAAAUGCGAAUCUGAACCCGAAUCUGAAUCUGAAUCUGAAUCUGAACACGAAUCCGAGUAGCCACACCACCAAUAGUCACUCCAGUAGCCAAGCGAAUGCGAAUGCGAAUCCCCCACCCAACACCACCAACAAUAUCACAGCAGCAACUUUGGUUGCAGGUGCAGCAGCAGCAGCAACAUCAACUGCCAACCAAGUGCAACAAAAUCAAAACAUUUCCUCCAGCUUAGAGAUAAUCCUUUCGCCAAUUAUCCAAAGUAGUCGACGGUAAGUUUUAUUUUCAGUUCGUUUUCGUUUUUGGUUUUGUUUUUCGUAUUCGUUUUCGGUUGUCGUUCUUUGUUUGUUCAGUAGGUACAACCUAUUUCCUGUGUUCCGUAGCUAACAAGAAGUAAUACCGCUACCGAUACCGACCUCUGACCUCUGACCUGCAUGUUAAAACAAAGAAACAACAGAAGUGACUUCACCUUUAGAUGGAAAUGUAUGCAGUUUUUUUGCUACCCAGCUGGUUCAGAGUUAUCAGACUUAUUGUGUCUAUCUGCUAUUGUUACGCAUUGCAUUGAAGUUCCAAAUUUGAGAUGUUGCCAAACAUAAUGAGUUGAAAGCCCUUUGUUCUGUUCUUGUUACCCCGGUUUUUCAUCUCUCCCUUUUCCUGUCCCCGUGUUAAGCAUUAAACUUUAUUGAACAGCGCGGCAAAUUUAAAAGAUCUCAACCCCAAAAAAACCAGAUACACGACAUCUCCUUUAAGUGUGCGAAAACAAAAGGAAACGCAACAAAAACAUUAUAAAUUAUGUAUUAAUGUGCCCGUUAGGCCCACGCAACGCGGAAAUGUCGGGACCUCCCAGCUGCCGAUUUUCAAUUGCCUUUGGGCCAAGAUAACAAUCGACUUGGGGGCCAGGACAAUGGCAAAGCCUCUCAGGCAAACAUUGAAACAUUCAUUUUCAUUUCAAUUUCACUUGCCUGCGCUCCUUGCUUUCCUUCUGGAUUUACAUUUGAUUUGACUGCCUCCAUUUCCCCACAUUUUUGUGCCUCGACAUUUUUCCGCCUGGCGGGGCAACGGAGAAACGCACAAAUAUUUAUGUAAGCUAGGAAAUUCGACAGCCUCUUUACAAAUGAAUAGGUUAAUGUCAUUGGGGUGGAAUCUGCUGUUUUGUUUACGAGCCCAACUUGGGCCAAAUUGACUUUAAACAUGUCAAUUUCAAUUUUGGGCCCUCAUUAACGGCCACCCUGAAAAGUAUGCUAUGGCAAACGCAGAAAUAUUACUCAUACGCCGCAUUGCACGCAGCCAUUGAAGCAACAAAACGACAAUUUUACAACAAAUUAACUACCCAGCCAACCAAACAGCCAGCAUUCAUAUAUCCGUGUGUAUGUGUGGAUGUGGGAUGUGAAAGCCCGGGACAUUUAUUUCGAGCUGGGAAUUGCAAGUAAAUGACCUUCAAACUCGAUAAGCGAAAACAAAACAAGCGAAAGUGCUAAAAAUAUACAUAAUUUCCAGCACACGAAGACAAAAGUCCCUCGCACAGGCAAAUCGCACAUGAAAAUAUGAUAGGACACAAAACACAGCCACAGUCACACAUUAAAGUGAACGAGUGUGUGUAGCCGGGUAAAUGAUAUUUCUGCCGGCUCGAUGGCCCGAUGCCAAUGUUUCUGUGACUCCGACCCGCACAUAAAUACAAAUUUCAACAAAACAACAGGCCACAAAACAAAAAUAAACCCACAAAAAAAUAAGCGAUGAAAGCAAAAAGGCGCAAUGUUGCCAACAACAGGAGCAGCCAGUAAAAAAGAAUAAAAACAACAGAAAAAAAAACACAAAAAAACAACCAGGCUAGGCAAACAUUUCAUAUCGUAGAAAUACUUUGGAGCCAAAUAAACAACAUUUUGUAGAAGCACAAAAAGGCAUAACAAACAGUUGAAAGGGAAAAUGGCUGGCCCGAGGGGCUUAGAGGACCUCGGGUUACUCUUUAUUUGAUUAAGAUAAAUAUUUGAGGUCGGCUAAUAUUUGGAAAGUAUUUCGCUGUGAGUUGUUGGAAAUCACAUAUGAAUGGAGUGGCCUAAUACAAUGAAUAAGAUAUCCUUAUGUAUAGAAAUAUUGCUUAAGUUUAACGGUUUCGGAAGCUUUAAAUUACAUGCGAAGGAUGCUUAAGUUAUUUCUCUUAAAAAUGAGUAAAACUACCUUUAAUAUCUCCAUGCAGCUUUUGACACAACCCCCACUUCGAAAGGGUAUAGCCACAAAGGGUCUGCGUGUUCGACCUUGGUACAACGACAGUUCUUGUUUUAGAUUAGACCCCCGGUGCUCCCAACCACUUGGCCCCUGGAAUUCGGCCAUUUGGAGCCCAUCGCGACUUGUAGCUAGGCCACACGCCACCAGCAACAAAGGGACUUGGGGAAACUUUACGCAUUUUUGUCACAGCAAGAAAAUAGAAAACGAAAAUGAAAGCGAUGGCAAUGGCGGUGGCGCAAGGAAAGUGCUGAAAAUGUGGAAAGUGCCCGAGUGGCAAUCGUAAAUUUGACGCACAUUUUUGCCGGGGGGGAGAGAUAAGCUUAUGAAUGGCUAUAUAAAAACUCAGCCCAUUUCCACACAUAAUGUGGAGAGAGUUUCUUUUUUCGUUUUCCAGGAUUUCGUUUUGGUUUAUGAUUAAAUUAAGUAAUUAUUUGUGGUGCGGCGCCAACUGAAAUGAUAAAAAGUAUUCAAUUUGUGGCAGUUGCGGCGAUAAAACUGAAUUUACUGCGGCCAUAAACUGCGUGGCGGCACUUGAACUAUAUUUUUUGUACAUUUACUUCGAAUUGAAGAGCACCAUAACGCAUACGCACCGUAGUCGCUAGAACAAACUAACAAGCUAUACUCACAACCACAUACCCAAACGCACCUACACUUACACAUACGCAUACGCAUACACUUACACUUACACUUACGAGCACUAGAGAACUUAAAUGAGAAAAUCGAAUCAACAAGAAAACUUUUUCUAACAUGUGCAAAUAUUUUCUCUCUUUCUUCCCAACCCCGCAAACCCUCUUUUCGCCCCACUUUUAUUUACAUGCCAUGCAAAUUCAACUACUACAAAA